AUACGAGGAACAGAAAGCUUGAGUAUGUGUGGUUCUCUGUCAGAGAAAGAUAGAGAGAAUUUGCAGAGGUAUUCAGAACAGGCAGGCAGGCAGGCAGGCAGGCUAAGGUGUACUUUGGAAUGUCGUCUCAGUUUUAGAGAGAGAGAGCAGUAGAAAUUGUAGGAUUUUUCAGAAAAGAACAAGACGAGGAGAGGGAGACAGGAGAGAUAGAAGAAGAAAGAAGAAUGCCAGUGAGCUUAGAGCCAUUAGACGUAGGGGUUCAGAUCCCAUACCUCUUUAGAUGCCCAAUCUCUCUCGAGCUGAUGCGCGACCCCGUCACGGUUAACACGGGCCAGACCUAUGACCGACCCAGCAUUGAAUCGUGGGUGGCUACGGGCAACACCACCUGCCCCGUCACCCGAUCCCCCCUUUCCGACUUCACCCUCAUCCCCAACCACACACUCCGCCGCCUCAUCCAAGACUGGUGCGUCGCCAACCGCUCCCUCGGUGUCGAGCGCAUCCCAACUCCCAAACAACCAGCCGAUCCAGCUGUCGUCCGUACCCUCUUCGCCCAUGCCGCUUCCGACUCCAUCCCUCUCCACUCCCGCCGCUCCGCUCUCCGUCGCCUCAGGGGAUUCGCUCGCGAUUCCGACAAGAAUCGAUCCGUCAUCGCCGCUCAUAACGCUCGCGACCUCCUCCUCUCCCUCAUCUUCUCCAACGAGUCUGACGAUCUCACACACGAGUCGCUCGCGCUCCUCGUCAUGUUCCCGCUAGCCGAGUCCGAGUGCGAAUCCGUCGCUUCACAACCGGACCGGAUCGCCUUCCUUGCAUCCCUGCUCCCCCACUCGUCCAUCGAAGUCCGAGUCAAUGCGGCGGCACUCCUCGAGAUUGUGGUCACGGGGACUCAGACCAUGGAGCAUCGUAUCAUGAUCGGAAAUAUGGAGGGAGUUCUAGAAGGGAUAACGGCAAUCUUGAAACAUCCAUUGGCGUACCCGAGAGCACUGAAAGUUGGGAUAAAGGCUCUGUUCACGUUGUGCCUGGUGAAGCAGAAUCGGAUCAAGGCGAUCGAGGCGGGAGCGGUCGAGGCACUCAUCGACCGCCUCGCCGAUUUCGAGAAGUGCGACGCGGAGCGAGCUCUGGCUACGGUGGAGCUGCUGUGCCGGGUGCCGGCGGGUUGCGCCGCCUUCGCUUCGCACGCUCUGACGGUUCCAAUUCUAGUGAAGAUCAUACUGAAGAUAUCGGAUAGGGCGACAGAGUACGCGGCAGGUGCGCUACUGUCGUUGUGUUCUGCAUCGGAGCAGUUGCAGAGGGAUGCAGUGGCGUGUGGAGUGGUGACGCAGCUCUUGCUGCUGGUGCAGAGCGAUUGUACGGAGCGAGCCAAGCGCAAGGCACAGAUGCUACUCAAGCUUCUCAGAGAAUUAUGGCCCGAUCAUUCAAUUGCCAAUUCUGACGAUUUUGGUGGCACUGAUGUUGUUCCCUUUUGAGAUGACUCUUCUUUUUUCUCUUGAAAUUCAAUCUCUACUGAGAAAUGGAGUUUCAGAAAAUUGGUGUAUAGACAAAAGUGACAAAUGGGUUCAUCUUGUAUGUAUUUUUUAGAUUUUGUAUGUAAGAAUUUUUGUUAAUUUCAUUUAGAAACAAGAAUAGAUUUUUCUUCAGGAGCAGUAAAAUUGGAGAAAAAGAAAUCUGAAUUGUAUCA